GCGGCGUCGAAGUGAAGGUCCCAACAAAGGUCCUGGAUCAGCUCGCCGGAAAGCUGGCCGGCCCGGUGGCGCUGUCCGUAGGAAACGUGCCAAACAAUACAAAAGACAUCUUGGAGUCGGUGAUGAGCCAGCAGUCCGAUUCUGCUUCGUCCACAGCAUCAACAUUGACAUCUGAGCCUCUGGCCAUCACCCUGUACGAUGCCGACGGAAACGAGCUCUCAAACCUGACCUUUGAGGAGCCCUUGGAGCUUGUCUUGCAAGGCACAGCAGAUCCAAAGGCAGUUUGCGUCUUCUGGGAUGAGCAAGCCGGCGAUUGGUCCAAGGAAGGCGUUCAGCGCGUUUCAUCCGACCCCUCGAAGCUCGUUUGCAGCACCACACACCUCAGCAUCUUCGCAGCCAUCAUCGAAGCGAUCGAGGACACAUUUUCCUGCAGCCAGGCGGCCGCAAUCUUCUCCGCUGAGGGCUUCCGCUCUCUUUUUUCAGGUGAUUGGUGGAGCCGUUUCCCGGCCAUGUUGAAUUGGAUGUCCUUCGUCCUCGGGGCCGUGAUUCUGUACCUGGCACACCGAGCCGACAGAAAGCACGCUGACGUUCUCGAUGCUUUGGAGACCGCCGAGGCAGCCGAGGGCGCAACAUCCGAUGAGGAGACACAGGUGGAGGCUGUGGCAGCGGAAAGGGCCAAGGAUCCGGCAGAGUCUGCCCCGAAGACCAGCUCAGCGGCACCCCGCAAAUUCACUUUGAGAUGGUUCUGGCGGUGGCUGGCUCGCUGGAGCAUCUACCAGGUUCUGUUUGCCCAUGUCGGCACGGAUCACAAGCUUCUGAAGAGAAGUUUCAGCGAGACGGGCUUGACAAAAGCGCACGAGGUGGCAGAGAGCACAGCCACUUCAGCCGUCCGCGGUUCUUCAUGGAGGAAGCUGUUGCUGUUCUUUACGGUCUGGAACGAGUGGCUGGCUUUCGCUCUGCCGGAUCUCGGCACAACGUGCAGGCCACGAAGUGCAGCGGUCUUUGCCAGACUCAUUGGUUGCUGGGCAACGUCGGCGUUGUUUUUCAAUUCCUCUGCGCGGGGCAAUACAGACGUCGAUCCUCGCUGCACACGCGAGGCAUUCCUGGCAGAUCCGUUGAGAUACGCUGUGCGAGCCGCCCUCGUGGGUGUGAUCAGUCUGGUCGUGGGGUCGCUGCCCAUCGCUGCACUGCUAGCCCUCUCAAGAGCCCGGCGAAACGAUCGAUGGAAGAUCCUCAAAGGAAGCAUAUACUGGUUUUUCAUUGUUGGAUAUUCUAUCUUCUGCGACCUGGUGCUCUGCAUCUUUCUGGCCCAUGUAAGCCCAUUGGAUGCGGAGAUCUGGGCAUUUGCUGGACU